UGGGGAGCUGAGAGGCUCAGAGCACAGCCGGGUCUCAGCCGCCUCCCCUCUCUCCGGAAGGCUUUAAUUUGCACACUUGCUUGCCGCUGCGAAGCGAGCCCCUAACCCCGCCGCCGGGUGGGUCUCCAGCAGAGACAGCCUCCGGGGGCCCCGCCCCGCCCCCGCUCCCCUUGCGCUCUUUCCCCGGCUCCGGCCCCGAGCCCCGGCCGGAGCCCCGCGGCCCCGGUUCGCCCCCAGCGAGCCGCGCGGGCGGCGCCCUCAGCUGUCCCUCCGCCCUCCGCCGCUGUGCCCACCCCUACGCAGUAAAGAGUGCUGGUGACUCCUUCCUCCUGACGGGUUACCUGCUUGGCGCCGCUGUGGACACGUGCGGAGGUCGGACAGACACUCGCAGCCCCCUCCGGAGGCCUGACGCGGCAGGGCCCCGCAGGUGGAAUGAUUGUGGACUGAGACGCGCUGGGGCAUAGGCUAUGUAAUCGCCUCGGUGUCUGUGCAGAGGACUGCGCUUCUGGGAGGGAAGAGGAGGGAUCGGCUCGCUCCUUGGCGACUCGGCAGGCGGAGUUUCGCGGCGGCACCGGGGUUGCGCCCGCCCGCGGGGAGGUCGCUCCAUCCAGCCCCAGCAGCCGCGAGAGCCGGAGCGCGGGAGAGCGGUAGUCGGCGGGGGCGAGGGAGAGUGAGACCGAGCUCCGGGGCGUGAGGGAGCGGGCCGGGAAGUCCGGGAAGAGGCGAGCGGCGGCCGAGAGCGAGCCGAGCGCGCCCCCCGCCCGUCCCAGCGGCGCCGCGCCGGGCGGCGUCCAGACGGCAUGGAGAAGGACGGCCUGAGCCGCGCGGACCAGCAGUACGAGUGCGUGGCGGAGAUCGGGGAGGGCGCCUAUGGAAAGGUGUUCAAGGCCCGGGACCUGAAGAACGGAGGCCGGUUCGUGGCGCUGAAGCGCGUGCGGGUGCAGACAGGCGAGGAGGGCAUGCCGCUCUCCACCAUCCGCGAGGUGGCGGUGCUGAGGCACCUGGAGACCUUCGAGCACCCCAACGUGGUCAGGUUGUUUGAUGUAUGCACAGUGUCACGAACAGACAGAGAAACCAAACUAACAUUAGUGUUUGAACAUGUUGAUCAAGACCUGACCACUUAUUUGGAUAAAGUCCCGGAGCCUGGAGUGCCCACUGAAACCAUAAAGGAUAUGAUGUUUCAGCUUCUCCGAGGUCUGGACUUUCUUCAUUCUCACCGAGUAGUGCAUCGUGAUCUAAAACCGCAGAACAUUCUGGUGACCAGCAGCGGACAAAUAAAACUGGCUGACUUUGGCCUUGCCCGCAUCUACAGUUUUCAGAUGGCUCUUACCUCAGUGGUCGUCACGCUGUGGUACAGAGCUCCAGAAGUCUUGCUUCAGUCCAGCUACGCCACCCCCGUGGACCUCUGGAGUGUUGGCUGCAUAUUUGCAGAAAUGUUUCGUAGAAAGCCUCUUUUUCGUGGAAGUUCAGACGUUGAUCAACUUGGAAAAAUCUUGGAUGUAAUUGGACUCCCAGGAGAAGAAGACUGGCCCAGAGAUGUUGCCCUUCCCAGACAGGCUUUUCACUCAAAAUCUCCUCAACCAAUUGAGAAGUUCGUAACAGAUAUUGAUGAACAAGGCAAAGACCUACUCCUGAAGUGCCUAACCUUUAAUCCGGCCAAAAGAAUAUCUGCCUACAGUGCCCUGUCUCACCCCUACUUCCAUGAUCUGGAGAGGUGCAAGGAGAAUCUGGAUUCCCGUCUGCCUCCCAGCCAGAACAGCUCAGAGAUGAAUACAGCCUGAGGUCCCGACGGCCAUCUUGAGCUGAUCACCGGGAGAACACCCCUGGGGGCUGAUGGGCCCCCCCUGAGUAAGCCCCGCAGAGCCACUGAGGAUCACUGGCUGGGGACCUUCUAGUUGCCGUCGUCUGGACAGGCUCUGCUUCUCCAUGGAAACCGCCUAGUUUACUGUUUUGAAAUCAAUGCAAGAGCGAUUGCAGCUUUAUGUUCAUUCGUUUGUUUAUUUGUUUGUCUGUUUGUUUGUUUGUUUGUUUCAAGAACCUGGAAAAAUUCCAGAAGAGAAGCUGCUGACCAAUUGUGCUGCCAUUUCAUUUUUCUAAUCUUGAAUGCUGCCAGUGUGGAGUGAGCAAUCCAGGCACAGCUGGGUUAUGAUGUAAUCUCUCUGCAGCUGCCUGAGCCUGCUUUGGUACUUUUGAGUGAGAGUGUGCACGCGCGUGUGCGUGUGCAUGUGCAUGCAUGCGUGCGUAUGUGUGUGCGUGAGAUUCUUGAUUUCUUAAAGUGUUACUUUCUGUAAACAACAAGAAUAAUUGAAUUUUAAAGACUCAAAGUGACCUAUAAAUACAGGUGUCUAUUGACUAAAGGUGAUUUACCAGAAUGGGCUUCUCAAAUUACACAGUUGAACCUAUGUCCUCAGAAUUUCUUUUAUGGCCAAAAACAGUAAAUUUGUUAGAAGUAAAACAUUCACUAUCUAGCUGAAGUUUUAUACACACAACAAAAGGAAAAAAAAUGCUAGUAUCUUUUAAGAGACCUGUUUUUUAAAGCAUACAUUCUAUUUACUCUUGAUAAAAGCUGAAAAUUACUCACUGUAAGCCCAUUUUAACCUGUAUUAUAUGCUUUGUUAUUUCUUUUGAAAAACACCCUAUAAGCUUUUUCUUACUUGCUAUAGAUUUAGGGAGUGUACCUCAAAUAGGUAAAAUGGUCAAAAAAAAAAAAAAAACAAUUAGAGAAAGCCUUUAUUUCCUGAUUUGAAAUGUUUCCUUUUUGGAUUCUGUUGUUACUUUAUUUUGUUUUUUUUGAUUUUAGGAAUUUGUCAGAAACUGUUUCCUGUUUUGGCUCAGAGAAUAGCUUUCUCUGACAAGACAGGAAUACCAUUUAAGUUUUCCCUAUUACACUGUACUUUUUCUGCCAUGCACUGCCUUGUUUGCAGAGUUUCCAUCUUAUCUCCUAGGGCCUCUAGUAUAUAUUACUACCAUUACAUAACUAAUAACAGAUUGUUUAAGCCGUUCCCAUGCACCUCCUGCUUGCUUUCUUUCAGUGAACCUUUUAUAAAUAGUUAGAUUCAGAUUGUGGCUUAAUGGAUCCAAUUUUUCAGCCCUAACAGGGUCCCCUAGGCUCUCACUUCAGUGUGAUCUUCCCACCGAGCAUUUGUUGUUGUUCCCUAGGCAGUGAGUGGAGGAUUGGCUCUUCUCUAUCACCAGCACAUAGAUUGCCUAAACUGUUACUUAGUGUUUUACAAUUUUUUUAGAAGAUGUCUGUGUAGAAUCGGAGAGAAUGUCUUUAACUAUUUUUUUAGACGUAUAUAUUUACCCUAUAAAAUGAUCUUUUCUCCAUCUCCCAGGCUGUGCUUAUUUCUAGUGCCUGUGCAUACUCCCUCUCCGUGCAGAGCCAGCCUGACCUGGGCAUUGUGAACAGCUUUACUUUUUCUCUCGCCAUUUUCUCUACCGUUCUUUAUAUUUCAUGUCAUCAUCUCUGCCUUAUGUGUGGUUAGUGCUCAGUUAGCUCAAGUAACCCGAAGACACAGAGAUGAAGUAUCCUUUUGGAAGUUUAGCUGUCUUUGCUCUCUGACUCAUGUUUUGAGUACAUGCAACAGAUAGGCUAUGUUUAGAGUUAGGGUUGUCAAAGAAUGAACAUUGCUUCACUCAGUAGAAAAUGUUCCAGUUGAUGUUUAUAUAUUGUCUAGCCUUACUGAAUUCUUCACAGCUUAAUAUUCUAUACUACCAUGAUGAACAAGGGAAAAAUUAAGACUUUUCUCCUUGAAAGCUUUUUGGGUUGGAAAUUACUCUUUUUUUAAUAUGUAUACUGUUUAACAUUUUUCUAAUUCAGUAACUUGAAGAGCAGGAAAAUUGGUGUAAAGCUAGAUAUGAAUGAGAAGAUGGGCCACAAGAAUGUUUGAUGCUUUCUUCCUUGUUGACAAUAUUGCUUAUGUUUUGUCAUCACUGUAAAUGCUUGAGAUAUAAUGAAUCCACAGCAGUCGGGGCAAUGUCUCCCCUGGAAAAGUGAUUUCUGCAUUUCCUUUGAAGACAUUUUUUGCUGGGCCCUAGAAAUUCAAUUUUAAAACUCAAUAUAAGUACUGAUUUCAUCAUGCACUUUCUGGUUAGUGUCCAUGGCUAGAGUGAACAUAAGUUGAGUUUCUGCUUUUUUCAGGUUUUCAUAAGUUCUCUCAAGAAAAAUGCAGCCGUUCUGAACUGGAAUUUUUCAGCAUUCUUGGGAAUUCUAAACAAGUAGAGAGCUCCACUUUAUUUCUAGCAUAUACUUUUGGUUCAUUUCUCAGUAGUGUUUAUGAAGAAAACUUAAAGCACAAACAUUUUGGCAUGAGAUUCAUUAGAUGCUUGGCAAAUUAUCCCCUGAGAGGCAGAAGGAGAGGGUAUCUGGCCUCUCUGACCCCAGCUCUUCCAUUUGUGUGGUUCUUGCAGUUGAGUAAUUACCCUCGUUUUAUGUCUUUUACAUCCAGGCUCACCAGUUCUGAAAUCCAGAUGCCACACGAGCACCCUUCCCAUUAGGGCACUUUGAAGCAUAUAGCAGCAUAGGAAUUUACUGAAUACAGCUUAUUCUUCUGUGACAUGUGGUUUCAAACGUCUUUGCCAAAAGCCAAGCAGUGGUCAGCUAAAAAAAAGUCAUACUGCCCCAGGGAUAUACUGAAGCAGCUUAUAUCAAUAAAAAUACGGUGUCAGAUUCAAAAUCACAUUUAUAUUCACAUUUGAGGGCUGGUGCUAGAAUGUGCCUGAUAGUUUCUAUAUGAUAAUUGUUCUCUUAGGGCCCAGGCAUUGUGGGAACCAUAGUGCAUGGUGAAGUUGUAACAAUCCCAUUUAAGAAUAAGAGAGAAACCUGUCCAUUUCAGCAUCAUAAGCUAUCAUGUGGCAAAGGUAAUAAAGCCCUAAUCUUACAAACUUAAAAACACAAUACCCAGUGCAUUGGCACCUCCCACUUUGUCUCUCCUGGAAAGUAGAUAAGAACCCAAGAAACAGAGAACCUGUUUUAAACAAGACGUCGGAGCCAUUUCAUCCCUCUGUAUUCUCAUGAUUUUCUCUCAGGAAUCACACACUAGGAAUGGCAUACUUUUCAUUUAGCCCAAGGUGUCUUACUAAAAUAAAAAUAGUUCAAAAUAUUUACCUAAGAAUAGAAUCUCAGCCAUUUAGUUUUAAGUAAAAAUGAAAAUUUCAGAAUGCACGGGAUGUUAAUAUCUUAAAGAAAAUGUACACCUCUCAAUAGAAAUUUAUCACUUGACUCCAGAACGCGGUACUGUCCAUCUUGAUGGGGGGGAAAAAAAACAACCAAAUAGUACCAAAUAUUUUGAAUCUUAAAUUAUGUAUUUAAAUUGAGCUUUUAACUAUAUGCCUCUUAAGGUCAGUAAUGGCAGUCCUCAUGCCAUUAUGGAAAUUAAAAUCAUGUAAGCUUCCUAAUAUCACAAACAUAUUAAAAUUCUUCUUUCCAAAUAAUUGCUUUUAAGUGACAACUUGGCUAUUUUUAUGAUAAGCGCAGAAGAGAGUGUCUCACAUUUUCCAAAAGCAGGCUUUUGUUGCGUAGUCAGGUCUAGGAAAGAGUAAUAUUAAAAGUUAAUAAGCUGCUGUGAUUACUUAAUUGUGUUAGUACAGUAACUAUAGAAUAUUCACCUUGGAAAGUAAAUGUUGAGACAUUAUAAGUUCUUAGGUAUUGACAGAAUUCAAAAGAAUGCAUGUUUUACAUUGUGACACAUAAAAACAGUGUCUUUAUUUUAAAAAAUAAAGAUGGUAGCAUGAUUUCUAAAUCUUUAAAAGGCAUAAAAUAAUGGACAAUGGAUAGAGGAAAUUCUAGAGAAAAUGAAGGUAUUCAAAGAAGGAUAGUUUCAAAGUUAGAUAUAUUUUGAAGGAUAAAUGUUUAUUAGCAAAUAUAUUGUAAGAAUUUCUAUUAAAGUCAUCCAGCAACUAGGAAGUUGAUAACGUUCCAAAACAUGUUUUAUGGAAAAGCCUUUCCAAGCAGUUACCAUUUCAAAGGGUGACCUGAGCAAACUACCAUACUCCUUACUUCGUGGGAAGAAGCAGCCAUGUGAAACUAACACUUGUUAUGCAAGCCUAAGAAUGUUCACUGUAAAUAAUAAUAAUAAUAAAUUUUAAAAAGGCACAUAUUUCCUGUGCCACCAAGAUUUUUUGAAAACUGGUAAAACCCAAAUCCUUGAUCAUAUGCACUUGAUACAUUCAGAUGUAUGAUAUGGAACAUAGCUACAUGUUUCCACAGUAGAAAAACUUACUGAGACUGCAAAAGCCUAUCAUGGAAUAGAAGUCCCCAGGUAAUUAGUAGUGGUGUUCUCUUCAAAAGCAUACGAAAAUAGCAUUUUCAUUUCUUAUUAAUGCAAUUUUCAACCUAGUUGUGUUACAUACCUAUAUCUCAAGCAUUUCUGACUUGUACUUUUUCAGAAAAUAAGCCACAAUAUUCCUUUGGCCUUUUCUAUCUUCUGACCUUUGUAAACAACAGAAAUGUAGAAAGAGGAGGGGUCUGAUUUUUUAAAUGUUUUUUUUCCCUCAGUUUGUUUGUUUGUUUGUUUUAAUGACGUAUGAAUCAGCUCUUCAAAAUGUUUUGUUUCUUAGCAUUCCCAGGGAGUUGAGAUAAAUGAAUGAACUUCCAUCAACGUAUUUAUGUUUCCUUGAUACUGGUGCUCUGGCUGUCAAGAAGAAAACAAGAGCCUCUUGAAAACUAAUACAGGCUUUUUUCAAUCAUCUAUUUAAAUAUUGUUACAGCAGUUUGAAGGUUAUAUGGUAGGAAAGUGAGAUGAUUUUUCUUGGAAACCUCUAUUUUAAAAUUCACACUGUCCUAAGACAUGGGCUUUCUUCUUUUAUUCCAGUAUUUUCCACAAGGUGGCACUUUGGGGCUGGGGGUGGGGGUGGGGGCUAGGGAGGGGGAAAUCUGAGCAAAGCUAAAAAGGUACUUCUAAAAACUUCAUUCUAACUUUGUUUUUCUGCACAUAUUUUACUCUCGCUUAGCACUUGUUUGUCAGGAUGAUGAACAGUGUUCGUAACAUUCUAUAACUUAAAUAUUUUAGUUGUUAGCUAGGUUCUGAAUGAUGAUCUGCAGGGAAGUUGUUCUUGAUAAUGGAUAAUAUACCCAUUUUGAUCAUUUAAGUGCAUCAAGAGAGCCUAAUCAUCCAUUUUUUCAAGAAGCAUUUUUUUAAGGUAUUUAAUUACCUUACUUUUAUAGGUGCAGAAGUUACAAGGAUGUACAGGCUUAUUAGCUAAAAGGCAACUCUCAUCUGUGAGCAGGGUAGUUUUGUUAGGAAUGUAAAACUCCUCCAGUGGCCUCAGCCAAAAAUACCUAUGCCCACUGUCUGCUGUUCUUAUAUUUCCUACCAUGAUGGUCUUUAAACACUGAUUAAAAUUUUAAAUCCUAAUUUAAAGAUUAGAUAAGCAAAGAAGUAACAUCAGUAUGUAAGUACACAAAACUAUUUUUUUCUAAAGAAGUGUCAUGCUGAAAUACAGCCCUUAAAUGCUAAAAGACCUGGUAUUUUUUUUUUACAUUUAUGUAAUCACAAGUGUAAAUUCACAAGAAAUUCUAAUUUUUUAAAAGUCCUGUCCAAGCAUGUGAGCAUAAUAACCUAGGAAUAUAUUUACAUAAAUCUUUAAUUUCUCCAUUAGUGAAAUUCUUUGGCAACUACAUACAUAUGUGUGUGUGUGUGUGUGUGUGUGUGUGUGUGUAUACAUAUAUAUAUACACACACAUACACACACACACACAUAUAUACACACACAUACAUACACACACACUCCUAUGUUUUAAUUCACAGGUCUGCUCAGAGACGCAUUACCCCCAGAUGAUUUUAGUUAAUUUUAGAAAUCAUUUUCCUUCAAUAAGUGUCACAGAAAUUUAGGAGGAAGGAACUAGUACUUUUCAGAGUUUCCUUAUUAGCACGGCAUAACAGAAGGCAGUUUAUUCCUUCUGAGUGGCAGAAACUCAAUCCUGCCUGCCUAACUUUCCUGCAGAGUAGCGGGCAGGCGAGUGUCACUAAUUCAUACUGAAUCAAAAUGGGGCUGUCACCCUAGGGGCUGUCAAAAGCUCUUCGGGAACCCAGCCUCGCCCCUCUGCUCAGAAUCCCACCGAAGUAGAUUCCAAUUUAAGCCCCUAAAUGGAAGGCCGAAUUCCAACCUCGAGUCUGUUAUCAGUUGGGCCAGUCUGAACUCUACUUGCUCGCGGUGAACACUUGACGCCCACCUGAAAACCCUCUGGGAGCGCUGCGCCGUCACUCCGCCCCUUUGGCCGCAGAGGCAGUGGGCGGAGCUGGCUGGGUCCCGCUCGCCGCUCACCUGUUCGUGCCUGAGAUGACGUACAGACCCGGAGGGCUACUGUCCGAGGUCCAUGUGCCCUGCUGCUGUUUCAGAAGCACCUGUUCUGCCGUCUUAGGAAAUAGAAUGCCCCUAGAAGCAAACGGGUGUCUUCUGUGCAUAAGUAAGUACAACACAAUUCUUCGAAAGUUCGGGUAUAAGGAGAUGCUGGUCUGUAUGAAGCGUCUACCAGGCAUCUCUCAAGCUCUAAGCUCAGCUUUUUUUUUUUUGUUUUAAAGAGAAGAUGUAUAAUUACAGGAAAGAUUUUUUAUUUUUUUAUUUUCUAUCAUUCUACAUAUACGAUGGCAAAAGAUAAUGCGUGGAAGAGUUUUGUUUUGAAAAUGUGUUUAUUUUCUGCUUAGGCAAAAAGCUCCUAACUCUUUCGUUUCUGAUUUCUUCUUUUGUUUUUGUCGAAUAGUUAAAGGUAUGUAAGCAAAUUAUCUCAUGUAGUGUAGGGGAUUUUCCUGUUUGGAGGAAACUUUUGUGUGAAUUGUUUUGUCAAGCAAAUAAUCAACCCCUUCUCUACUUGAGGAGUUUGAAUUGUCACAUACAGGUUUCCUUAAAGGGGGCACAUAACUGUACAUAUUGCUAUAAAGAACUGUGACCGUAGCACUAAUGAGCAAGCAUAGAGCCCCACACAGUUCAUUUAAUUUCUAACGCUCUGUGGUUUCUGGCCAAAUUCUGUUGACAUGCUUAGGUUACGGUCCUGAAAAUACCCUUUGUACCCUUAACUUGAAGUUUUCUACUCUUAAGUAAUUGAGAUGCAAUAAUAUGUAUUAGCUAGCAAUAUUUCUGUGAUCACCAGCAACUCUUGAUUUAACCUAGAAGUCUCUGAAUAAUUAAAAUAAAUCCCAACAGUAAUACAUUUCUUGAACCACCCUCCGCCCCAGGUGCAUUAUAUAGCUUGUCAUCUUGGUCCUGUGUUUGCAACAAUGUAUACGUGAAUAUUAGAGUUCCUCACUUAACUUUGUAUUCAUGUGUUUUCCUAUGACCAGUAAUAAAUAUAUUAGUUAGUACAUGGAAUAAAUAGCAGCAACGACACCUAGAAUCAGCACUUAACAAGGUGGGGAAUUUCUAUUUGAAGUUGUUCUGCAUUUGCGUAAAUUAUUUCUGUUAUUAUUCAUGUAUGUUAUUUAUUUCUGAAUCACACUAGUCCUGUGAAAGUGUGUCUUAAAGGAGAUGGCAUUAGGAUUUGCAUUUAAUGUUCAUUACCAUGGUCUUGAUGGAGCUAAGUAAAUUAAAAUUAGACUAAGCCCCGAAAUAAGCUGCAUGCAUUUUAACAUGAUUAGUAAAACUUAAGUUUGUAGGUGUGGUAUUUUUGUAUCUAGGUGUUUUAUCAUUAUGUAAAGGAAUUCAAGUGGAGGACUUUGUAGCUUUUCUUUUGUCAAAUAUGCGUAUAGUAUAGUGUGAAGAUACAGCAAAAAUUAAAACUUGAGAUACAAAGCAUCAGAUACUGCCUUAAUUUAGGGACUCUGCCAGAUGGCCAUCAGAGUAGAGGCCAGGCAGAGACAGGGGCUUGGGUGGUGCCUCCUCUUACCUGGCCUCGAGAAGAAGCUUCCCCCUGAUAUCUGGUGCCCUUCUGGUAUCGUGUGCUGUAGUGGGAACAGGUGGUACUGUUGCAAGAACAGCGUGAGUUUUCUGUAGAAGUACACUGUCAGCUUGUGCCUUGAGGCUUCCAGAAUGUGUCGGAUGGAGAAGUUCAAGUUUCUGUGCUUCAAGCACCUUGGUUUUGUACAGAAGCGAUUCACUCUGGUCAUAAAAGCAAGGACUACAUGUACAGUAGUCAACAAUGGAUUUUAACAACCGACAGUCCCCAGCACCUCAGAAGCAUGUUGCAUUUCUGGUAUUUUAGGUUUUGAUCUGAAGGUUAAUUGGCAAGUGUCUGGUAUAGAAGAACAGUAGGUGUUAAGAAAAGCACAAUAUCGGUUCCCGUAGAAAUUAGAACUAGAGGGUUUAUAGGAUUAUCAUGUCAGAGAUGUCUAAAUGCAUGUUUUCACUGUAAAAUGUAGUAGCAUAGUGUCUUUGCAUUCCCAUAGGGCCUAGUUAAAGCUUUUAUUCGAGGUUUUCAGCAAAGCUGUCAUACCCAGUGAGCUUUUUCUUUUCUUUUUUCUUUUGGCUUUUUUUUUUUGGACUUAUAACAGAAAAUGUGUUAAACGUAGGGAAAAAAUCUUAAUUUGGACACUUGACUUGUUGGUUUCUGUGUUUAAAGUCACGGUUCUGGAGAUGUAGAGAUUGUGCGUGUGCAUGUGCACAUCCGAUACUAAUCUAGGCUGUGUGAACCAGCCCAGGAUAACCAAUAUCCUCCCAGGCCCUGCAUCCUUCCUCCCUCCCUCCCACUGCUCCCUUCCCCUGACCCGUCCAGGCCUGUCUGCAUGGUGCUCUUUAUUCUCUUCGGCCACUCUCUGGGCAUCAGGGACAUGACAAGAGAGAUGCUUUAGGCAUCACGGGUGUGCCUGCCCAGGCUUAGCCACCACUUUUACUUGACCUUUGGCUAGGCACAGAGUGUGCUCACAACACCAAUCACAGAUACCCUCUAGCAUGUUUGUAUGCGUCUUGAUUUCCAAACCAAGUCCUCUACAGAGCAUUCAGUUUUGGCUGUGGUACAAAGAAAAUCUAAACAAGACUAUAAACCACAUUCCAGGCUGCUGUUUUCUAUCCAUCUACAGGCCAUACUUUUACUGUAUUUCUUCAUACUUGAAACUCAUUCUGCUAUUUUGAUAUCAGGGUACAGACUUACAAGGGUGCAUGUUCCUUAAAGGUGCAAAAUUACUCUCAUUCCGUUUGCUCAUGUUGCUACAGAAUGCUGUUUUGGUGCUUUGAGUUGAGCAGGUCAAAGAAGCAGUGUGGAAAUUCACUGCCUGGAACACAGUCUUACAAGAAUGUUGGCAGAUGGCUUGGUGUUAGAUACUGCUUCUGCUCUUUUCUCUGUACACAAGGUUGAAAGUUACCACACUGGCCUGUCAGGUUCACCUGGGUAUCCUUUCUCACAGAGCACAGAAACCCUGUGCUCUCCCCAAAUGUGGGUGCGGUGCAGCUCUCUGAAAGCAGGGACCUUUCUACAUACCAGAUAAUUUAGCCCCCAAAGAAAAAUGGCUGUGGGUGUAGACAGGGGCAGGAUGGGAAAGGCGCUCUCACUCUAGCAACCAUCCCUCCAUUCCGUACAGAAAGCUCUCCUGGGGCAACAAAAAAAAAAAAAAGAAAGAAAGAAAGAAAGAAAGAAAGAAAGAAAGAAAGAAAAGAAAAAGUGAAAGAAAGAAAGCUUAUCUGUUAAGAUACCCCCUUCAUAGCAUCCUGAGCUAAAUGAUCUCGCUUCUUUCCCUUUAGGUAGUUUGAAAAGACAGGUCAGUUUAUCUAGACUAUUCCUACCUGAAGAGGAAAAUAGAAAAGUAGAUUGUUUGUAUCAUGUAAACUAUGUAAUCCAAGGACUACCAAAACUUACAUUAAAUCCCCCAUCACUAGAAAUCUGUUUAAGUAGCUCAAGUAAAAGAUGCUUUAUGACCGGGACUGCCUGAGGUCAGAGGCAGCCAUUCUAGCAUGCGCCGUACUCUGAGACUUAUUUGGAGAGAGAGAACUGCCAGUGCUGACGCUGUUACUGUGGCCAAGGUAGCACGUCAGAAAAUUCAGAGGGUUGCAGAUCACAGAUCCUUUGGAAACUGGAUGUCUUACCAGGUGCUAGAAUGCAAAUUUAGGUAUUUAUUGUCAGAUAAUGGAAUUCAUUGUUUUAUAAGAAUUAGUGUUGAAACGUCACUGUCCAGUUCAUUGUUUUCACUUAUGCACAAACGAAAUUGAAGCAAAAAGAGCAAAUGGUUUGUAUAUUUGUCAUACCUUUUGUAUUUCUUACAAUAAAAAUAUUGGUAGCAAAUAAAAAUAAUAAAAAACCCAACAAUCUUA